CGCACUCCAGGUUGGCGCAGGCACCGGUCCGGGAGAACUAAGCGUUGUGCACGGCGGCAGCAUGGCUUCCUCUCACGGGAGAAGCGACUUGCGGUUUGCAGACUGGAUGGCAAGUUUACCGCAGAGCAUGCACACUAUCCCGCUCACCAACUUGGCUAUUCCCGGUUCCCAUGAUUCCUUCAGUUUCUACAUCGACGAAGCGUCUCCAGUGGGCCCUGAGCAGCCAGAGACGGUGCAGAACUUUGUGUCUGUUUUUGGCACGGUUGCCAAGAAGCUAAUGAGGAAGUGGUUAGCUACACAGACGAUGAACUUCAACACCCAACUGGAGGCUGGGAUCCGUUUCUUUGACCUACGCAUCUCCACCAAGCCCCGUGACCCCGACAAUGAGCUGUACUUCGCCCACGGGCUCUUCAGUGCCACAGUCAGGGAAGGUCUUGAGCAGAUCAGUAGCUUCCUGUCAGCUCAUGCCAGAGAGGUGGUGUUUCUGGACUUCAACCACUUCUACGGCGUGCAGAACCUGCACCAUGAAAAACUGGUGGCCAUGUUAAAGGAGGUGUUUGGAGAGAAACUCUGCCCAGUCGUCUUCGCCCAGGAGGUGACUCUGCAGUAUCUGUGGGAGAAGGAGUACCAGGUGCUCGUAUUCUACCACCACCCCAUGGCCCUGGAGGUGCCCUUCCUGUGGCCAGGCCAGAUGAUGCCUGCUCCCUGGGCCAACACCACCGACCCAGAGAAGCUGGUUCAGUUUCUCCAGGCCUCUGUCACUGACCGCAGGAGGAAGGGGACCUUUUUUGUGUCCCAGGUGGUUCUCACACCAAAGGCCAGCACUGUGAUGAAGGGCGUGGCUAGUGGACUGAGAGAGACAAUCACAGAAAGGGCCUUGCCGGGAAUGAUGCAGUGGAUCAGAUCCCAGAGACCCGGGGAGAGCGGCAUCAACAUUAUCACAGCUGACUUUGUGGAGCUUGGAGAAUUCAUCAGCGCUGUCAUCACCCUCAACUAUCACCUGGAUGAAGAGGAUGAUGAUGCCACCUGAGAGCCCGCAGGGGGCGUCAGGGAGCACAGUCACCACCACUGCCAGUGGCUGGGUCUGUGCUCUCACUCUUUUCUCUUUGGCAUUUAUUUCAGGAGAGGAGCUGCUCCUUUCACUUUAUUUAGGGCUAUAGUGAAAUGAGAAAUCAAAUGGAAAGGGGGUUGAAGGAAGACAAGUUGGGAUUUGGAGAAAAAACACUGGUGUUUGUUUGGAGCACUAUGAGAAUGAGGUUUUGUUUGUUUCCUAUUUUUCAGAUGAAAAAUUGUUUUUUUUUCCCAAAGUGAGAUGUUCAUUUUCUUUACUUCCUGUGCUGUAAAAAAUAACUGCUUUUUCCACACAAAUGCACUGUUUUUAGGCUUACUACUUCAUUAAGGGUAGGUUCCUCAGAGCAUAUCAACUUUCUGCUAAAUGUAUUGGUACAUCAUUCUUGGUAUUCUGGUGACAGUGACAGUCUUUUUCAGAGGUUGUUUAAAAAAAGUCUGUGUAAAUUAAAUUAUUGAAAUGUAGGCCGGUGUAAGUAGCUAGCAAUUGUUUGUCUUGUUUUGAAAAUCUGUCCAAGAGAAGUUUUUUUUUUCUAACAAUAUGCGUCCCUGGUCAGAUCACUGCAGGUGUUUCUGAAAACCUCAUCCAGCAGCUUGAAUACAGUGUGUUUAAAAUGUCUUAUUACAAUAUGUUUAUUCAAUGCGUAGACAUAGAAGUGAAGUCAGCUUGCAGCCCAGACACCUGUGCACACUGGUUAUCCAUUAAUUCAACUCCUCAUUCCAAACCAUAGUGAGAGAGUGUGUGCAGCUUGGCUAGCUGAGAAAAAUGUACCAAUUGUGUCAUGUGUACUUUAUCUUUGGUGCAUCUAAACCAAUUUUCCCAUUGUCAGUAUGUUUAAAACUUUAAGACAAGCAUCAGCUUGUCGCUGCAAGGUAACUUACAAAAAAACAAUUUGUUUAGGAAAGCUAGAAAUGCAAUCAAUGCCACUAGUCAUUUCUAAUGGUUAGAAUCCAGCGUGACAGAUUUAUUGGAUUUUCUGGUGGGUGCUGAGUCGUGAUAGCCAAGUAUAAAAAUACAGUACAUCUGGCUACAAGAGUGUAUCCACCAUCCGUGUAUCUUCUGCUGAAUGCUUGCCCCUUGCGUGCAUCUAUACUUACUGCUGUAGUGCAGUAUACAGUAUGUGAGUCAUCAUGAAGUGUAUCAUGUUAUUGUGUCUUUCAUAACAACAGGUGAUAAAGUUGCUUAACACUCACUGAGAGACCCAUUUUAUUUCAAGUCAGAAAAGGGAAAACAUCAUAAGUUAGGACUCUGGAGGUCUUGAUGUGACAGCACUGGGGGAAAUAAUACAAUAAAUCUUUAGUUAAGAUCUAGCAGUAGCUCUCUGGUGUCUACUUUAUGAGAUGUUUCAUGUUUCUCAAUGUUUCCUAAGCCCUGGAUUUCUGGUAUAUCAAUACUGGUGCAAUACAUUUAGUACACAGUCCUUUAUUUGUGUUUAAUGCUUUCAUUCUUCCACCCUUCAAGAUGGAAAGGUACAUUGACGUGACACCCAGAAAUACAAUGGAAAUCAUUUUAUUGCAAGGUUUAUACAUUUAUGCAUGAAAAAAGAAAUCGCAUACUAGUCAAACAUCCACACAUUAUGAUCAGUGUGGCAUUUUCUGCAGAGAAUGUAUUCUGUAAGGACAUUGUUGUCUAGAUUGGUAAUGUAAAACCAAAACAGAAAACUCAAUUCUUUAGAUUUGUGAAUGUAUGUGUCUUGUGAGUAACUGUUCCAUUUCUAAAAGUCUUGUGUGAUCGAGUGACUGAGUUUCCGCUAGAAGGUCAUGUUUGUAUCGUAUGCUUCGGUGUGUAAAUGAAGUUUUACAGUUCAAACAGUACUUCUUUCACUUCAGUGUGGUUUCAUGUUAAAAUGUUUUAUAUCGUGGAAAGUUUGUACAUACUGUAAUUGCAAAUAGUAUACUGCGGAUAAAUUGUAAAGUAUUUGAAUUAUUGCGAAGAGUCAUUGACAACAAUUUCUUAACUUAUACCUUAACUGAGCUUCUUGUUUUUCAUAUUUAUUUGGUACUUCAGUUUCGUGCAUGAACCAAAAAGUUCUACUUAGUAUCUUUUGUUGUACACCAACAGGGUCCAUGAGGUUUGUGCAUCUCUCUUGUUAUUUUCUGCAUAUCGUUCUUAAGAGCAUGGGUGCAGCUGGAAAUGUUUUUACCCUUUAAGACAAAUCUCCAAAUUAAUUUGUUUUUUUAAAUGUUGCUCUGCCACUUCCCCAUUCAGAUUAAGAAUUAAACCACACAAAUGAGCAGACUUGAAAAGGCUUGCAAAUUGUGUUGUAAAGACAUUUGUGUCUUCCCUGGUCCAAACUGUUGUCAUUGCCUUUAUGUUCUGAUGUGAAAAGAGUCCUUUGCUGUUGUAAAACUCAAACAUUCGUUCAAAUGAAAGUGACUCUGUUCUAAGUGAAAAAUGGCCGAUCAAAUAAAGCUUCUAUGCCUACUAAGCGA